AUGGCACUCAACUGGACCAUGGUGGAUGAGGAUGGAAGGAGACCUGUGCCACUGCCGCACGAAAAGGUGAAAUGACAAAGCUGCAUCUCGAUGCAAUCAAUGCUGCUGCCUCAGACCAGCGCUUCUGCCGGUUGCCACUGACCAUCCUUGUCCUUCCACGCAGGUGUUCUAUUCCGUCGAGCAUUGUCAGAUCAGGUUGGUAAAAGCGAUCUACGCACCUCAAGCAUCAGUCUUACUGACGUUCAUUGCGAUGCACUUCGCUGGAAUCUGCUUUGUGAAUCAUAUCGAGGCCAGCUUGCAAUCUAGCACGUUUAACAAGAAGCUAGAGUCGAAAGGCACGGCGUUCUGCACGAACCAGCGGGUGAGCGCCGUGCUCUCUGCCUUUGGUUGUCCGCAUUGAGCGAUUAGCUCCGCGUUGGGACAGUCCUAAGACCGUGUUGUCUGACCUGAAUCUCAUCUCGCGGCCAAUCAUUCUUUCUGCCAGGUGCUCUUUCUGGAGCAGCCCUUUGCUGGUCAGCCAUCAGCUUCGCAUCAAGAUACGUCGACCACGCCCACUCAGCUCCACUCCCUCUCUGUGCCGUUGAAUAAUUGGCAAGAUGCUCGCUACAUGAUUCCCAUAUUCGGUCAAGCCUACUACGAAGCCAGGAUCUUGGCCGUGCGUGGAGGAGGCCUGUGGGAUGAAAGCACAAAUGAUAGCUCGGCCAGGAUGUCCCUUGUCAAGAUCUGGUUCAAUGAAGGUGGCGGGUCCUUUUUCAAGGAUGCGGUCGAAGAGGCCAAAAACAGGUUGGAACAAGGUGCUGCAUCUGCUCAUUUCGAAGCUUUGCGUGAGUCCAAAGAAAACAUCGCUCAUGCGCGUUGCUUGUUAUGCUAUGCUGAGCAAACCAUUCCUUCUGUCGAGCGCUAGCUACCUAUUCGCCGCCACCUCCAGGAUCUAGUGUAAACGCAGCAGCUAGCAUUUCAGCCCCAGCCACUUCAGCACAAACAGCGACCCCCUCCACUGCAUUGACCACGCACAUCACGAGCGCAAGCGAGGCUCGGUCGACCGAUUCUAUGCCUGGACAGGCCGAUUUGGCCGCAGCUGCCGCCGCAAGGGAAGCGGAAGAGGAGGAAGAGGUGCAGCGAGAGCGAAGAGCUUCGGUCAUUCAAGCUGCGCCAGGCGCAAACGAGCUAGACCCGAGAGCGCCUCAAGCGAACCCAGAUUCUGGAGAGCACGGCGAUCUCCCUGGCUACGACGAAGCUACCUCGUCGGCUCGCCGAAGGUAA